GAUCGAGCACUGGGCGGUCGAUUUAUAUCAUCCAGGAGUGUGUUCAGAUCUUAAGUAAAGAAAAGGAACUGUGUUCGAAUCCUUGACUGAGAGCUCGAUGGAAGGACAUGGAGCAGUUAAUGGCGAGAGCCAGUCGAGGAGGAGCUACUGGCGAUGGAGCAAAGAGGAUUUCUUCCCCGAGGAAUCCUUCGAGUCCUGGCCGACCUACUUCGCCGCCCUGUCGCAGACGCGCCUCCGUUUCAGGGACCGGCUACUCGGCCGCUCCGACGAAGACAACGAGCUCGGCGAGGUCCGGAAGCAGAGCGAGCACGACAUGAAGCGCUGCCUCAACUGGUGGGACCUCACCUGGUUCGGCUUCGGCUCCGUUAUCGGCGCCGGUAUCUUCGUCCUCACUGGCCAAGAGGCCCACAGACACGCCGGCCCCGCCAUCGUCCUUUCUUACGUCGCUUCUGGCCUCUCCGCCAUGCUCUCUGUCUUCUGUUACACCGAAUUCGCCGUCGAAAUUCCCGUAGCCGGCGGUUCGUUCGCUUACUUAAGGGUUGAGUUAGGGGACUUCGCCGCGUUCAUCGCCGCGGCGAACUUGAUCCUGGAGUCCAUCGUCGGCAGUGCCUCCGUCGCCAGGGCUUGGACCUCCUACUUGACCACGCUGCUGAACCGCCCCAAGAACUCCCUCCGCAUCCAAACCGAUCUCGCAAAUAACUUCAAUUACCUCGACCCGAUCGCGGUGAUCGUCCUCUUCAUCACCGCCACCAUCGCCAUGACCAGCACCAAGAAGACCUCUUACUUCAAUUGGGUUGCGUCGGCCUUCCACACUUUGAUCAUCGCUUUCGUGAUCGUCGGCGGAUUCAUCCACGCUGACCCAGCGAACCUGAAACCCUUCUUCCCAUUCGGCUCCCAGGGCGUCUUCCGCGCCGCCGCCAUCGUCUACUUCGCCUAUGGUGGCUUCGACAACAUAGCCACCAUGGCUGAGGAAACGCGGAACCCAUCGCGGGACAUACCUCUUGGCCUGCUUGGCUCGAUGACGAUCAUCACCGUCAUCUACUGCCUCAUGGCGCUCGCGCUCACCAUGAUGCAGCCGUAUACCGACAUCGACGAGCAAGCGGCUUACUCUAUUGCGUUUAGGAGCGUGGGGCUCAAGUGGGCGCAGUACGUGGUGGCGUUCGGUGCGCUCAAGGGGAUGACCACCGUGCUGCUCGUCGGCGCACUGGGCCAAGCGCGCUACACGACGCACAUCGCCCGGAGCCACAUCAUCCCUCCCCUGUUCGCGCUCGUCCACCCCAAGACCGGAACGCCCAUCUAUGCCACUCUCCUAAUCACCAUCUCCGCCGCGUGCAUUGCUCUGUUCUCGAGCCUCGACAUCCUGACGGCCCUUCUCUCCGUGAGCACGCUAUUCAUCUUCAUGAUGAUGGCGACGGCGCUGCUGGUGCGUCGGUACUACCAGAGGGGCGUGACGGAGCAGAGGGACCUCCUGAAGCUGGUGAUUUGCCUCCUCGUCAUAAUCGCUUCGUCGAUGGGGACGGCUGCGUACUGGGGACUGAGGCCCCAUGGAUGGGUCGGGUACACGAUUACGGUGCCACUGUGGGUGGCGGGCACGCUGGGGAUUCAGGUGUUGGUGCCGCAGUGCCGGAAGCCAAGAGUGUGGGGUGUGCCGCUGGUGCCGUGGCUGCCGUCGUUGUCGAUCGCGACCAACUUGUUCCUGAUGGGAUCGUUGGGAGCGGACGCUUUCAUAAGGUUUGGACUCUGCUCCUUGCUCAUGCUGGUCUACUACUUGUUCUUUGGACUGCAUGCUACUUACGACAUGGCGCAUCGGCGGUACGGGAAGCCAAAUCUUGUGGAAGGGAGAGAUCUGAGUAGGCAAGAUAGAGAGAACCAGAUGGAAGGCAAGCUGGAGAAAGCUGAGGAAGGCGCAUGAAGUAAAUGACGUAAAAUUCGUUGUCAGGAACUAAGUUUGUAGUUUGCAGCUCUAUAAUUCCAGCCUUUCCAGGAAUGGCUUCUGCAGUAAGAUUUCUUGAAAAAUAAUCUAAUCAGAAAACACAGAAACGAAUGGUGUUUGAGGGUAAUAGAAUACUUGCGCUAUGAUGGUCUGGGUUUUA